AAACAGCAGAGGCCAAACAAAAACAAUUACCACAAUUGUAAUGGCUGCCUAAUUUUCGCAAAUAUAAAUUCAAUAAAUAGCGAGAAGUUUAUCGUUUUUGUGCGUUACCUUUCGGUUUAUUUGUAAUUUUGUCGAAAUGACGUCCGCUUUGUAUUUGGAGCAUUACCUGGAUGGUUUGGAACAUCUGCCAAACGAGCUGAAGCGUAACUUCACGCUGAUGCGGGAUUUGGACUCGCGUGCCCAAGUUCUGAUGAAAUCGAUCGACGAGAAAGCCAACGAGUUUAUGAAGCAGCUGGUCAACUCAAAGGAGAACUUUCCGGAAGACGCCAAAAAGGAGAAAUUGCGUAAGAUCCAGGAGCUGUUCAACAAGGCAAAGGAAUACGGGGAUGACAAAGUGCAGCUGGCAAUUCAAACCUACGAGCUGGUCGAUAAGCACAUUCGCCGGUUAGAUUCCGAUCUGGCCAGAUUCGAGGGCGAAAUCCAGGACAAAACGUUGAACGCCCGCGAGAAGUUGGAGGAAACAGUCACGAAAAAGGGUGGUCGGAAAAAGGUGAAAGAUGCGAAAAACGCGGCCAAAAAGAAGCGUACCCACUCGUCGGAAGAUGAAGGCAAAGCUACCGGAGCCAGUGCUACCGGGACGAGCGGAAAUACCGCUGGAACCACCAGUACUAACGGUAAAGGCAAGAACAACAAGAAGCAGAAGGUAAAUCAAGAGAAAGAAGGUCGCAAGGGUAAUAAGAAAAAUGCAGAGCUAGACGAUAGCGCACAGGAAGGUGGUCAUACCACACCCCAUCCGAGUGAUGUGCUGGACAUGCCUGUUGAUCCCAAUGAGCCCACUUACUGCCUGUGCCAUCAAGUGUCUUACGGCGAAAUGAUUGGCUGUGACAAUCCUGAUUGUCCCAUCGAAUGGUUCCACUUUGCCUGUGUUGGUCUCACAAUCAAACCGAAAGGCAAAUGGUUUUGUCCGAAAUGUUCACAGGACCGGAAGAAGAAAUAAACGCGGAAUGCGCAGUAUUAAGUAUACCUAGCUGCUAAGAUUUGAUAGAGGCGAAUAGUUUACGUGACAAAGGAAUAUUUUAAGCGAGUGCGAAUGUUUCGGAUAUGAAUGUAUGAGAAAUAUAAAGAUUAUCUUGUAUUCAAAUAAAAUGAAGGUCGUUGAA